GUGCCUGUGCUUGGGUUGGCGUGAGCAGCUUCCCACGCCGGGCUCUUGUGAAAUACGCUGGUGCGACAGGUGUGACGUCACCAGCUGGCGGUGGUAGCCGCCAGCAGGAGACGUAGGCAGUUAGAUCCUGGAGAAAUGCUGCACGGUUAGUUGCGGUGCAGUUCUUUCCCGGAGCGGGCAGGCAGUUUCAUCCACGGCCGCCCUGAGACGAACGAGCUUGGGGUUCAGGGCGGCGGCCUUACGGGCUAGACCCACGCAAGCCAAACCAGUGUUCUUGGCAUGUGGACAAUGCAGCUGUCCCCAAGGGUGCAGGCAGAGGCAGCAGGAGACUCUCUCCUGUCCUAACUGGAGGAUCUCCCGCUUGGAACAGCUCCGGUUGCUGCUUUGCCAUGUGCUUACCCAGCCCUGUCUUGGAGCUGGGGCUCAAGGGGUUGAGAGAAGAGACGCCCUGGCGCGGCUUGUCCCAGAACGGACCUUCUCCUUGCGAAGUGCCUCUGCACCCAGGUGGAUGCUCUGCUCACCGUCUCUCUGGCCUCCAGCCCCAGCCGACUCCGCUCACAAGCUGCCGGGGCCCCAGACCCCAGCUGGGCGCAAAGCUUCGACCAGGGAGGAGCCAGCCUGCAGCCCCCGACAGACCGAGCGCCCGGGGCUGCGUCAGCGUCCGGAGGCGCCGCGGACCCGCCUGGCGGAGGCUCGGGGCGCAGAGACUGGGCUCGGCCAUCAGCCCCCGGCCCCGCCCUCGGCAGAGGAAAAUGAAAAGCCCCCUGGUGCUGACGGUGCUGCUGUCCUUAGCGGCGGCCAAGCUGUGUCACACCUACUGCGAAGGGACCCAGGAGCAGCAGACGAGCAGAGGGAUCCAGACGAAGCCGAGCUCAGACCCCUACAAGCUGCCCACGGCCCUGCUCAGGAGACUCUACGACGGCCAUCGGGUCUCCUACGAGGCGUUGCUGCAGCUGGCGGGCAAGGACGAUGCCCGUCCCAAGAUGCCCGUCCCCUCUCAGAAACGGGACAUGCACGACUUCUUUGUCGGCCUCAUGGGGAAAAGGACCCCGGAGCCCGACGACCCCACAGACGGGAACAAGGAGACUUCCGCUGGCUUUGGCGACCUCAAAUAUCCCCCAAAUGCAGAAUGAGGUGCCCACGCCGGGGACGAGCAAAGUGUCUGCAGCGCCUCGAGACACUGAGACGAAGCCGCUCGCCAAAGCCCGCCGCACUCUCAACUGACCGGGAACCCUCCUGCCGUGUCGUGGAGAACUCUCCCCCCCUGUCCC